AUCUCUACGCACCUGUCCGUCCGUCUCUGUCUCUCUGUCUGUCUUCCGGCGUGUCUGUCUGUCUACUCCUCUGCCUCUGGUUCGGCGGUGCCACCCUUGGUGGGCGCCACCGCCCCCCCGUGUCGCUUUUUCUUCUUAAACAGGCCGGUCUUGGUCUCGUACUGCCGCCUGAUGAGGUACGGCAGCGGCACACACAUGGCUAUCACGCACAACAGCACCAUCUGGGACGCGGGCAGCUUCAGGCCCGCUGAGGGGUCCAGGUUCUUCAGCGAGAGACCCACAGUCACUGACACAUCACACACACACACACACAGAGGGAAAAGGAAUACGGAUGGCGCGUCUGAUCGAGGAGAGGUCACUGUGGCCGUGUGUCACUCACUCAUUCACUCACCCCACAUCAUGUUGUUGGGAAUGAGGCCGAUGAAGGUGCCGAGUGUGAAGGGUAGGAUGCCGAUCCCGACGAUGGGAGCCGCCAUGCUGACGAGGAAGUUGGGGAACACCGGCAGCACCCGCCCGAACAUGACGGCCAUCAUGUGCCCGUCCCGGACCUCGUGUACGUGCUUCUUGAACUUCUCGAUCUUCCCCGAACCCAAAUACAGCGCCACAGGCCGGCCCACGAAAUAAAACAGCCCGUAGGCGCACAUCGGCCCCACCGUCGACAAGACGCAGCAGAGGGCGAGGGCGGGCCACCACCCGAAGAGCGCGCCGGCCACCACGGUGAUGGCCGUGGUGGUGCCGGGGAUCCACAGCGUCAGCACGGCAAAGGUCUGGAAGAAGAUGUAGGCCCCCGUCAUGAGCGAGACCACCCACAGUGGGUGGGUGGUGGCGAACUGCUCGGCGGCCAGCUUGAGGUUCAUGACACGCUGCCACUUGGUGAGCCGCUCGUUGCCGAGGUCGAGGGCGGCGUUGUACAGCUUCUGCCGGUCGGCCGCGGGCACGUCAGACACCUUGGUGAAGACGAAGUAGAAGGCCACGCAGUAGAGGACGGCCAGCAGGAUGAUGAUUAGCAGAUUCUGCAGGAAGCCCCUGAACUGCUGCUUGCUCGCAUCCACCGGCUCCUUCCCCUGCAGACGAGCGCUGCACAUGGACAUCCACAGGAUCUUUCAUCCAUCAAUCUUGCCGCCAUUUUUCUCCCUUAUUCGGCUGUGUGCGGACCUGCGUCUCUCUGGCUUGGGGGAGUGUUUCUUGUGCCCCUGUCUGAUGGCGUCAUAGAGGCGGUCGAUGAGGUCCGUCUUGUUGCCGCCGCUGGGCAGGCCGUAGUCCCGCAGGUGAAGUUUGAGGUCCGCUAUCGUCAGCUUGCUCAGCGCCUCCCUGUCUGCGUGCAACUCCGCCAUGGCAUCCAACCAGAAACGCCACGCCGCCGCUCACUCAGCGCCCAACUCGAUGCACCGCAGAGCAAAAAAUGAAAAGCUUUGAGCGAACGGCGCUCAGAGGCAAGCGCCGCGGCGUACCAUACACCACGCCUACACUUCGG